GUCCCCACCGCUGUAGCAGAAGUGAGAGUCAAAGCAAGAGUUUCCAUCCUAGUAGAAGUCACAACCGGAGCAAGAGUCCCUCUGAAAACGAAAAUUGGAGCCAGAGUGACUCUACCCACCAAAGUAGAAAUCAGGAUCAGAAUGAGAGUUUUCCACCUAGAGGAAAUCGGGGCCACAGUAGCAAAAGUCGGAGCCGAAGCAACAGUCCUCACCAUGUCAGAAGUCGGGGCCAGAGCAAGAGAGCCCGUCAUAAAGGAAGUCGGAGUCGAAGUGGGAGUCACAGCGGUCACAGACAUCAUGGUCGGAGCAAGAGCCCCCGCCAUAGCAAGAAAUGAUGAUCAGAGCGAGAGAGUUCUGACCAAACCAAAAAUCCAGGCCAGAGCAAAAUUCGGACAGUAACAAGGUUGCCAGCCACAGCAGGUGUUCCAGCUGUGGCAACUAGGGCCAGCUUGUGGACUUCUCAGCUGAAGUCUUAAUUUUCCUUUUAAUCUACUUUUAUGCUCUUCAAACCUGACUCAUGUCCCUCACUGCUACCCCCCAUAGCAGUCGUCCUAGAAGUCCCCAUUUUGGUUCACACCUCAAGGUUUCUGUGUGCUCUCCUUAUCCCACCUUCCUGGGGUCUGGGAACUCUCCCAAAAUGACCCUUAAUCCUGUGAUUCUGAGCAUUAUGGUGUCAGUCACUGCAUGAUUGUAGGCUGCCACAGAGCCCAAAUUUCCUGCCACUCGACUGGCUCUGCAGAAUUUUGACAUGACCUACAGUGUGCAGUUUGAAGAUCUUUGGCCAUCAAUCCGGGUCAGUCUCCUCUCAGAGCAGAAGUAUGGUGCAUUGGUCAAUAACUUUGCUGCCUGGGAUCAUGUGAGUGCUGAGCUGGAGCAACUGAGUGCCCGGGAUUUUGUGAAUGAAGCCAUCUCCCACAGGGAACGGGAGCCUGAGAGUGGCCAGACUGCAGUUCCAUCCCCAGCCUCCUUGGCCUGCAGUCCCAACCUUCGAUGCUUCACUUUCCCCAGAGGGGAUGUCAGCCGUUUCCCUCCUGCCAGGCUUGGCAGCCUGGGUGUCAUGGACUACUACCUGAUGGACGCUGCCUCCUUGCUGCCUGUCCUGGCCCUUGGCCUGCAGCCUGGUGACACGGUGCUUGACCUGUGUGCAGCCCCUGGGGGAAAGACACUAGCAUUGCUUCAGACUGGCUGUUGUCGCAAUCUUGCUGCCAAUGAUCUCUCCACUUCCCGAACAGGCAGACUACAGAAGGUCCUUCACAGCUAUGUACCUCAAGAUAUCAGGGAGAGGAAUCGAGUUCGAGUUACCUCAUGGGAUGGCAGGAAGUGGGGAGAACUGGAGGGGGACACCUAUGACCGGGUGCUGGUGGAUGUGCCCUGUACCGUGGACCGCCACUCCCUUCAUGAGGAGGAGAACAACAUCUUUCAGCGAUCGAGGAAGAAGGAGCGGCAGAUGUUGCCUAUGCUGCAGAUGCAGCUUCUCGCGGCUGGACUCCUUGCCACCAAACCAGGAGGCCACGUUGUCUAUUCUACCUGCUCACUCUCACACUUACAGAACGAGUAUGUGGUACAAGGCACCGUUGAGUUCCUGGCCAAUCAGUACAGCAUCCACGUUCAGGUGGAAGACCUGACUCACUUCCGAAAGCUUUUCAUGGACACAUUCUUUUUCUUCCCCUCCUGCCAGGUUGGAGAGCUGGUAAUCCCAAACCUCAUGGCCAAUUUUGGGCCUAUGUACUUUUGCAAAAUGUGUAGGCUGACGUAGCCUUACCCCAUUCCUGAAGCCCUGGUGUAGGAAGACAAAGAGUGUACCCCCAUGGAAGCACCAGAAUCUCAGACCAGAGGCAAAGAUGCGCUCUGGGUCCUGUCUUCAUCCUGUUCAAGUCUUUCUAUAGACAGUUUUCAGCAGUCGAAAGUAGGAGUUUUUCAGUCCUGCUGUCCAAUUGUGGAGCAUCAGCAGGUUUCUAACUUAUUACACCUCAUCCCAACACCCCAUCACCAAGCCUGUGCUAAAGUUUCCUGCCCCAUUGGGGGCUUAGGAGGAGGAGCCAGUGAGCUGGCCUACACUUUAAGCUGUAAACUUGGGAAGAAGCAUUUAGCCAAUAAAAUUGUUGAAGCUCCAUAGAGCUGGGGCUGAAGUUGAGGGCCUCAUGUCAGUCAAAGUGCUGUUAGUUCUGUUUGUACCAGCUACUGCUACUGAGCACCAGUUCCUAGGUGCCCAAAGCCCCGGACCUCAGCCUGGUUACAGGCCUCUGGUUACAGAGCCCUUCUUACACUUGAGGCAAGUUCUGCGUGGUCAGUCUUGAGCCCAGUGGGCCCAAACAAGCCUACCUAGUUUCUCCAUAUGGCUCAUGAUCUAAUUUAAGGAAUGAGUAACUAAAAAUGUUAAGCCAAUGCGUAAUAAUCUCCUUACUUACAUCAAGAGAGCUCUCCUGAGCUGGAUAAUUCCACCAUUCCUCCUGCUCUCUACAGCACUGCUGCCUAAAUGUGGCUGGGGAAGCUGCUCUGCCCCAGGGCUGCGAUGUUCUCUUGUGUGUUCCUUCCAUUGUUCAUUCCUCCAGCAGGUAUACCUUGAGCUCCUAUCUCACAGGUAGCCAGAGAGCUGCUGGAGUUGUAGCAGUUGGGAUCGUGGGAGAUAAUAAGACCUCAUCCUUUGGAAUGGCAGCUCUCCUCCUUUGGCUCUCUGAGCACUUAGGAAUCUCCUGAUGUCUUGUUAUAUUCUACUUUUUGUUUUGUUUUGUUUUUUCUCAUUCCUGGUGUGUAACUGAGCUCUGGCUCCAGUUCUUCGGCCCAUCCCUAAUCCCUCAGGGCUCUUCCCGCAGCGUCACAAGGCCUUACCUCACACCGUGUUUGGGGCGACAUUACAUCAUUUACUGACUGUAUGCUAGUUGUGUUGUUUUUGUGACUUUAGCAUGAAGAAGGCAAUACUUUAAUGGCAGGGAUAUUAAAAAUUGCUUAUGGUCACUUGCA